AUGGACUCCGAACAACUGCUGCACCACUACGUCUCGGACUCGCUACUGACCACCCUAGUCCCAUUCCACGAGUUUAAGCAGCUCCUGCGCCCACAUACGAGCGAUGAGCAGCAGCUGCGUCGCUGGUACGGGCUGCUCCAGGCCAGAGACGCACAGGCGGUCGCCACCCUGCAAGCACGGAUCAAGCAGUUCUUCGUGGGCUUGCGCUCAAGACUGCUGCGGGUCCUGGAGACUGACCAGCAGGCCCACUCCGUCAGCCUCGAGAUGCUUAUCGAUACUCUUUACAAGAUCAACGACGUGUUGCUGCAGCACCUACAAGGCCUGGACGGCGCCAUUCACGAGAAAGCUCUGGCGCUGGCGCAAUUCGAAAAAAUGGUCCGGUCAUCAGCAGCUAGGGACAGCGCCAUUCCGGGUUUACUACAAAUUAUACAGUCUUAUAUCAAUCUACUGGAGGCCAGACAGUGA